UUCUCUCCAUCUCUCUUCCUCUCUUCACCAGCCCGAUCUCCUCCUUCUCUUCCUCGCCGAGCUCGAUCUCGGGAGGAAGCUGUAACCCUAACCCUAACCCUAAUUCCUCGCCUUCUCCGUCGCCGAUCCCGAUCUGAUCAAAGCCGUGAUGAACUCCCAGUAAUCCCCGGUCGCCGUCGAUCUUCUUUUCCUCGUUCUCCACCCUCACCUAUUCCUCGGUUGCUCCGUUGGCUCAUCAAUCUCGUUGUUAUGGCGAUUCGUGUCACCGUUUCCUACUCCGGCUUCCUUGCCAGCCACAUCCGUUCCGGCGUCACCGGCGGCGCCGCACCAUGCCGGAUCUUCAACGACUGCGCUGUCCGAUCCCUCUGCUCCUUGUUCUCCUCCGAUCCUCCGAAGCGCCCCCUUCGGGACCCUCCCCCUUCAGCAGCGGCGAGAUCGUCGUCGAAUGACUGCAGAUCGGCCUUUGCCAUUGGGGUUCUCUCCGCCAUGACAUCCGGUUCCGGCUCUGGCGCCGGCGCCUACUCGGGGGCUUUUGCUGUCUCGUCGUCUAUGGGAGUUGGGUUUAAACCUUCCUCCUUGCUGCCAUUCUUCCAGGCGACCAAGUGGUUCCCUUGCAGCGAUCUCUUCCCCGGACUCUCGAAAAGCGCUGACAAUUCCUCGGUGGAUAAGGUCACUGUGGAUGCCGGCAAUCGAGAUCGAGAUAAAGAGGAAAAGGAGAAGCCUUUGUCUGCUGAAUCUGUGAAAAAGAUGACCUUUAUGGAUGAGAAGGUGAGUGAGGUCCGAGAGGGCCAUGGUUGGUUGUCAAGGUGGAUGAACUCUUGUUCAGAUGAAGCCAAGACGGCCUUUGUAGCUGUUACUGUUCCUUUGCUCUAUGGGUCUCGCUUGGCUGAGCCGAGGUCAAUCCCCACUCGGUCCAUGUACCCGACCUUCGACGUUGGUGACCGGAUUUUGGCUGAGAAGGUCUCAUACCUUUUCAGGGAACCAGAAGUCACAGACAUUGUUAUAUUCAGAGCUCCUCCAAUUCUUCUGGCGAAUGGGUAUAGUUCUGGAGAUGUUUUCAUCAAAAGAGUUGUGGCCAAGUCUGGAGACAUUGUUGAGGUCCGAGAUGGGAAAUUGUUGGUGAAUGGUGUUGUCCAAAAUGAAGAGUUCAUUCUGGAGCCACUGGCUUAUGAAAUGGAACCAAUGUUUGUGCCUGAAGGCUAUGUGUUUGUUCUGGGGGAUAAUCGGAACAAUAGCUUCGAUUCCCAUAACUGGGGUCCUCUUCCAGUCAGCCAUAUCCUUGGAAGGUCAGUUCUUCGAUACUGGCCUCCAUCGAAAAUAUCGGACACCAUCUACGAUCCAACCAUGGUUCAUAACAUGCUCAGUGUUUCCUAAGCUCUAGCUAACUUGUUAUUUGGUUCUACAACCAAUUUGCGGCCUCCGGCCGGCAUGCAGAACUUCGAUCACUUUCUCCGUGAUAAUGUGUGUUAAUAUUUUCAUCAGACCUGCCUUUCUAGGGCAUGAUCUUGUUCUGUUCUUUUUUUUUUGGUUUGUUUUGUUUGAUUUUAUUUAUUUGACUUGCUGGGCAUUACAAGAAUGUUAAAGAAAAUUUGUUGUUGCUUUUGCAUUGGAGGUUUUGAUGUAUAUCUGAAUGUCAACAGUUUCAACAAUUUCCUGGCUUAGCCUCUGGGCACAUAAUACAAUUUUUUUUAAUA